CCUUCAGCGAGUAAUUAGCUCUUUGUCAGCUUUGUGGAACAAUAUCGUCCAAAAUGUUCAAAUUGGUGCUUUUGUGUGCUGCUAUUGCCAUGGUCGCUCCUGCUCCGCAUGCAACUUUUGUCCACCAGCCAGCCCUUGUGGCUCACAAGCAUAUCUCUUACCAGAAGAGCAUAGUAGAAGAACCAACUGUUGCUCACGUUGGAACCGUCGUCAAGCAUGUCCCAUCUGGAGUAACCCACCACAGCUCAUCGGUUGUCCAUGACACAAAGUUCUCUGAACCAAUUUACGCUCACGGUUCGAAGAAAACUAUUGUUGCGACUCCAGUUGAGAAGACCACAUACCAUCAUACCGUGGCUGCUGCUCCCGUUAUCAAGACUGGCUAUGUCGAGGCUGCUCCAGCUCUAACCUACGCUGCUGCUCCAAUCGCCAAGGCUGCUGAUGUUGAAUCCGCUCCGGCUUGGACCUAUGCCGCUGCCCCAUUAACCGAAGGUUCUUAUGUCCAUGCCGCCCCAGCUCUGACUUACGCUGCGAAGGCUGCCUAUGUUGAAGCCGCCCCAGCUUAUUCUUAUGCUUCUCCAGCUAUCAAGACCGCCUAUGUUGAAGCUGCUCCAGCAUUGUCUUAUUCCGCUAUUCCAUCUGUUCACUAUGGCAGCCACCCAGUGGUCUAUGGAAAGCACUACUAACCGAUUUGAACGAAAUUGAUAGUGAUUUCUCUUCAACUAUAUGG